AUGGCAUCGGAGGUAGAGGCCGCGGCAGACGAACCUCGCUUACGCGAGGUGAAUGUGAUUUGGGGGGAGGUUGAAGUCCUGCGUGCGACCGUGGAUCCGGCCAUCUGCGAACUGGAGGCGCCUUUCCGCAUCGUGAUCCAGCUACGGUCAAAAGUCUUGCAAGAGGCACGCUGGCAGGUACGUUUCCUGGCAGAUCUGGUGCAUCACCAAAAGUCUGUAGAGCUGCCACUUCUUGCGUGCCGCAGCAUAGAAGGGGGCCAGGCAAACACAGACAAGGAGCGGCAUUGCAGCGAGCAUUGCGGCGAGCACGUGGAGCUCUGUGUGGCCGGUGUGCCUGCGGUUGGGCUACCGACAUCAGCUCUGGAAAGCCUUGGUCUGUUGGAAGCGCGACUCACUGGCAUCAAUGGCGAGCUGGCCUCUGUGCGCCUCGUUGUGGACGUGCGUCGGGAUGGGCUCAAGUUUCAAAGAGGCGUGCUGGAUCCAUUUCGAUAG